GUUGGGCCUCUCUUUACCUCUUCCUCUCUGCCAAAACUGAAGCAAGCCUGCGCUGCUGCCUAACCAGCUUGAAAGUUUCCUAGGUCCUACACCCCACUGAAAUGCAAAUAUUUUAUUCACCGCCAAAAUACAGCCGUUCCAGUUGACACAAUGUUCAGUGUGAAAACUCUCCGAACUGUCGGUCCAGCAGUGUGUAGACGCGGUGCCUCUGUGCUGUGGAAGCCAACUAAGACCCAGAGCCGACCCCAAAGCGCGGCGGCGGGACAGAGAGUGGACAUCGGGGGGAUCUACCCGCCCAUAGCCACUCCGUUCACUCAGAAAGAGGACGUGGACUAUCACAAACUGGAUGAAAACCUGCGGAAGUAUGCAAAGAUUCCUUUCAAAGGUCUGGUGGUGCAGGGCUCUAAUGGAGAGUACCCGUACCUGACGGAUGAGGAGAGGGUAGAGGUGGUGAGGAGGGUCAGACUGGCGCUGCCCACAGACAAACUGGUCAUGGCAGGAUCCGGAUGUGAAUCCACCAAAGGUACGGUAGUGAUGAGCGAGAGGAUGGCGGGGGCGGGGGCAGACCUGGUUCUUGUGGUAACGCCAUGCUUCUACAAGGGCAAGAUGGACAGCAGGGCGCUGGUUCACCACUUCACACAGGUGGCUGACAGUAGUCCAGUACCAGUAGUUCUGUACAGUGUCCCGGCUAACACAGGUCUUGACCUUCCUGUUGAUGCUGUGGUGAGACUGGCCCAACACCCUAACAUACUGGGACUCAAGGACAGCGGAGGAGACAUCACCAGGAUCGCUCUGAUCGUUCACAAAACGAAGCCGCAGGAUUUUCAGGUUCUGGCGGGUUCCGCAGGGUUCCUAAUGGCGGCGUAUUCCGUGGGUUGUGUGGGCGGUGUGUGUGCGCUUGCCAACGUGCUGGGUCGUGAGGUGUGUGAGCUGGAGCAGCUGUGUAUGUCGGGACGGUGGGAAGAAGCCAGUGCUCUGCAGCGGCGCCUCAUAGAGCCCAACACUGCUGUGACCAGGAAGUAUGGCAUUCCCGCUCUCAAGCAGGCGAUGGAGUGGUUUGGUUACCACGGCGGCACCUAUCGCUCUCCUCUUCAACCGCUCUCAGAGGCCGAAUCACAGCAGCUCAGACUGGACUUCUCCACCAACGGCUGGCUCUGAAGGGGACAGGGGGCAGGACUGAGUAGAAGACAGGGGACUGGGCCUCUGCUCCAGGUUGAAGUUGGCAUCAUAGAACAUUAUGGCAUCAUUGACUUGAAUGUGGAUUUCCUUUCUACUCAUUCUAAUUAUAUGGUUGGCUCUAACCACAGAUCUAGGAUCAGGUGACUCUACACCCAAUCCUAACCUUAACCAUUAGGGAGUUGAGAAAAGAUGUGACCCUGUAUCAGUUGUUAGGGGCAGCGUCAACCUACUGUGACUGUUUCAUACAUGCAUAGCUUCCUUCCCUUCCUGGCCUUAAAUCUAAGAGGACUUGAUAGUUGAAAUCAAUAACCAAUCCAGUCCUUUCACCUAUCAGUGGUCAUGCUGCCUUGCUAUACUCCUGGGACAGACCUCUCCUCUACAAACCUUUCAUCUCCAUGGGAUCACCUGUACAAAUAAAAUACAGAAAUAAACAGACAAAUGAGAAUAAACAGAUUGUUGUAAAGAAAGGAAAA